CGUACACAUCGCGGACGUGCAUAGCGUAGACACACGGGCGCCGCACACACACAUCCGCCGCCGCCGCUGCCGUCGCUGCAAUGGUCGACGACGCUGCCGCCGUCACCGCCGCCUGGUUGCGCGCCGACGAGUGUCACUGCGACCGUCGCCGCUUCACCCGCGAUUAACCGUUACCGCGGUUAGCCGAUUCGAUUUUAUUUGUUUUUCCGUACUCAUCGGAAUCGCAUCCGUUUCGUGUUUAUCCGCUCGGUCGUUUCCCGCACGGUAGUCGUCGCCGUCGUCGUGCGUUCGAGCAUAGCGUGUGUGCCGCGGUUGGAUCGCCAUGUUUUUCGCCGGCGGCGCGUGUUGUUGUUGUCCCGUCGUCGCCGCCGCGCACGUAUUCGUGUUGUUGAUCGCCGUGGUCGUGACGCCGUUGCCCGGCAUCCAGGCCCAGGCAGAGGACAUACCGCACAACGAAGUAAAAAAUUGGGCACUGAAAUUCGGUGUAGAUUUAUGGGAGUUUGGCAGACAAAUCACCAACAUGAACGAAAUACAAAGAAAAUAUCGAGAGCGAGAAUCCAAAGUACGAAGAAAAGACGGACUUUUACUUAUUCGCGAUUUGGCAGCAGAAGUUAAAAAUAUGAUGGAUAUCAAAAUGAAUUCUGUUUUGAGGCUAAUGGAAGCUGGUGAACAAUCUGCUUUAGCUAAUCAAGAGGCUUCUGUAAAGAGUGAGCGCUAUGUAAACGAUGGAUUUGGGGAUUACAAGAGUCUUGAGUCAAUAGACCGAUAUGAUCAAUGUGCUUUUAACACCACUGUAAAUUGUGUGCUGUUACAGAGCACAUAUGUAGAUCCAGAUUCAGUUGACGAAACCAUAGUUCGUGAUAUGCAAUGGACUGACCACUUAGAUCCAAUAUUCGUAAGUAAUUAUGAAAUGGAUCCUGUAUUAUCGUGGCAAUAUUUUGGUAGCACAAAAGGGACACUCAGACGAUUUCCAACGUUGCGAUGGCCUUCAUAUUCAGGAUUAUCACCAUCUGCAUUGUUUGACUAUCGACUUAAUCCGUGGUUUGUAGAGGCUGCAACCAGCGCCAAAGAUAUUGUUAUAAUAGCUGAUUUUUCAAUCGCAUUAUCUGACUAUAAACUUAGUCUUGUAAGAGCUACUACUUUAGCGGCACUUGAUACUCUGGGUGCUAACGAUUUCGUCAAUGUUUUAUCCCUCGAGUCAUCAAACUAUGAAAUUGUACCAUGUUUCAAAGAAAUUAUUGUUCAAGCCAACGAGAAAAACUUAAGAGAUUUAAGAUCUGCUGUGGCACAAUCAAAGUUUGCUGGCAGUUCUAACUUCACUGGAGCUCUAGCCCGUGCAUUCGACAUACUGCAUAAAUUUAAUCGCACUGGCCAAGGAAGUCAAUGCAAUCAAGCAAUAUUGAUAAUUACUGAUGGUCCAUUUGGUCCAUAUAAAGAAAUUCUACAACAUAAUAAACCACAUAUGCCGGUUCGAGUUUUUACAUAUUUAAUCGGCAAAGACGACUCGAAUGCUGCUGAUAUGAAUUGGAUUGCUUGCAACAAUAAAGGUUAUUUUGAACAUAUUGAAGACCAAAGAAAUCUUCGAGAAAAAGUACUAAACUAUGUUUUAGUCAUGGCUAGACCAUUGAUCAUGUAUCAAACUGAUCAUCCGGUAUAUUGGUCACCAGUAUAUCUUGCAAGCAAAGUUGACAAUUUAAAAUCUACUGACAGUAUAGAUGGCAGACUUAUGACAACAGUAUCUGCACCCGUUUUUGACAGGAGAAACCAUUCGGAACGAGCCGCCAAUUUAUUGGGUGUGGUAGGUAUGGACGUCUAUAUUGACGACCUAAAGAAACUUGUACCGGCCUAUAAGCUCGGUGCCAAUGGUUACUCCUUUAUAUUGGACAAUAAUGGACAUGUCCUUUACCACCCUGACUUCCGUCCAACGCAAUCUGAUUCGGUCAGACCUCAAUAUAAGACGGUCGACCUGAGUGAGAUUGAGUUACCGGACGUGGACACUAAUAAUAACACUCUAUUGCUUGAAUUGAGGAGAGAAAUGAUUGAGCAACGAGAAGGUGAAACUACUCUAAGAGUCAAUAAUCACUUGGAUAAUAUGAGACGAGUAUCUACUAGAAAAUAUAAGUACUUUUAUCAUUCAAUCGAAGAUACACCUUAUAGUUUAGGUAUUGCUCUCCCAGAAAGUUAUGGGAUGUAUGAAUUACUCGGAGAAGAAGAAAUCAAAUUAACUCAAUUCAAUAUUACGGAGUAUUUCAAAGGCAAAAAUUGGAAAGUCCAUCCCGAUUGGGUUUACUGUGAAUAUAACUAUGGAAAUGAACAUAAUUUUAAAACUCCUGAGGAUAGAGUGUUACAUUUUUUGUCCAGAACCAAACGUCCUGGUUGGAAAUGGAUGUCAUUAAGGUCUAGAAUGCCACAAAGAGAACCUGGCACAAGUCAGGUUUAUAACACGUGGAGAAAAGAAAAAGACUCUCAUUAUUGCGAUAAAAAUCUUUUACAAUCCUUAGUAUUCGAUGCAUUAGUCACUGAUAGUCUUGAAAAACAAACAACUCAAAUAUCUAAGGUUGAUAAACACCCAAUAGCCACACUAAUGGCACUUCUACACAGUCAAGGACAUCAUAUGUUCGGCGUAACGCUUACGUUUAUCGCGACAAGAAGUGGAUUAUUACGAUGGCGAGAUCACGGAACAGCUAACAACAGAGGACCUGAACUACAUUUUAGCGAAACCAAUAAAAAAGCAAUAGACGAGGUGUGGUACAAAAGAGCAAUUGAUCAACACAACAUAGAACCUGAAAGUUUUGUGUUUUCAGUGCCAUUUAAUUCCGGCGCUGGACUUGAUCGACCAUUGAUUACAGCUACUCACGCGAUGUUCGUUGAAAACAAAGGUCAUCGAGCGGCAGCUGCGGUUGUCGGCAUACAAUUUCAACAUUCAUCGAUCGCUUCGCAUUUCAUCAACAUAACUUCGGCCUGUACCGGCAUGACUGGAUGCAAGAAGACGUGUGCUUCCGACGAUCUCGACUGCUAUGUGUUGGAUAAUAACGGUUUCAUCAUAAUAUCUGAACAAUCUCAUCAUACCGGUCAAUUUUUCGGGCAAACAGAUGGAACGAUUAUGGACUCGUUGGUACAGGACGGCAUUUACAAGAAAAUUAAAAUUGUGGAUAACCAAGGCGCGUGUCACAGCGGUAUCGAACCGGGGACCGAUUCAGCGACUUCUCUACGACCUUUUCAGCCGAUCGUCUGGUUAGUAAGAUGGUUAUUAGGUCGAUUGGCUUGGUUAGCAAUCGAAACUAACAUCUAUCACGUUCUAUUCCCGGAGUGGAUUCAAGCUCAAGACGAAGAUCCGAUGUAUUCUGAAUACGACCUGGGACCAGACGAAUUCGUGCCGGAUCAAGGUGAGAAGACCACGGACCAGAGUGACAAGCCAAUGACGGAUGGUGACAACAGCGAUCGGGGGAGUUCUGGUAACGACUAUAAAGAUAUGCCUCCACAUCCGCCGCUGUAUGUGCCGAGCAUGAAAAACGCUGAGUACUUUAGUCCAGUGUACAACCGAACCCAACCGGGCAUAACUAGAACUUGUCGCAAAUCAGUAGAAUUGUACGUCUUGCAACCUAACAAAUUAAACACGAGUGGGUCAUUUAACCCGCUCAAAGGAAAAUUGACCAAUUGCCACGCUACUGGAUGCGAAAGACCAUUCAGCGUGCAAAAAAUUCCCCAUAGUAAUUUAAUACUAUUAGUGGUGGAUACUUUGUGCCCUUGCGGCAGCAAACAACUGAGCAUUGAACCACAAGAGGUUCAAAUGGCAACAGAUAAAACUGGACUACCAGUGUAUAAUUGUCAAGAUCAAAACAUGUACCGGAGACGCACAGGAAAAUGCAUAAACUAUCAUCCGGAA